AUGCGCUGGGACUGGGGCCUCGACUGUAUCGUAUCGCUGAACGUCUUCAGUGACGCAGCGCGUCUCGGCAAGAGCGACGUGCCCCCCAUCAUGCACGGUACGACGUGCACGCUCGGUUUUUGCACCGCCCAGAUCUUGAUGGCGGCCGUGACCGAAGCUGCGCUCAUCGAGCUGAUUGCGUGCGCGAUUCCGUCCGCCGCGGACCUCGUCGCGUACCUCCGCGCCUGGCCGUCGGCCUACCUCACGGCUUCGCUGCAGCAUCUUCUCGAGCUCGUGGCGCUGAUGCCAUUGUGCCAUCUAUGGCCGCACCUGCGCCUUCCGCGCGACAAGCUCCGGGACGCUCGCAUCUUGCAGCACGUGCAUUUUGCAAUCGCGCUGUACCCGAGCCUCGAUGUGGACUUUGUCUUUGACAGCACCUUUGUGGCACGACCAGCGACGCGUGUCCGACUGCGUGGGCUCACGAGCCCGGCCGAGUUUGCCUUUGCGACGGCGCAGUGGGGCCCCCGCAUCACGUCCCUCGCGCUCCACGUACAUGACCACAAGGCCUUUGAGGCAACGACCCGGUCCUGGACCACUGCCGAUGUGUCGCACCUCGUCGCGGUCCUGCCCACGUUGACGUCGCUUCGGGAUCUCGACUUGACGUGGUCGGCGACGAUUCCAAAAGCCGAUAUAGUGCUGACGUCGCUGCAAAUGCCGUCGCUGCGCCGCGUGCAACUGACGUUGCAAGGCACGGCCGUGUGGACGACAGCGUCAUUGGCGGCACUCGCUGCGUGGCUGCAUACGGCGCACUCGCUCACCGAGCUCUCGCUCCGGCACGUGGUGUGGGAUGUGCCCGACGCCGGAAUGCAUUUGGCGACCAUGCUUCGAGCGUCCUCGCCGCGUCUCUCGGUGACUAUGGACGUUGAUGCAAGCGCGCGCGUUCAAGGUAGCUACGCGUUCCAGUUGCAAAUGACGCCGAUGCGAGCCACCGAGACGCGUCUUGUCCUGGCGUCGCUCGACAAUACAUGUACCACUGACGACGUGGUGGCGACGCUGGUCCCGACGAUGCACGCAAAUACGGUCAAUGGCCUUUUGCAGUACGACUGUACCGUCUAUGACGUGGCAUUACCAGCGUCGUCGGUUUCGCGCUUGAAACCGCCGCAGCUUGCGUGUCUGCAUACAUUGACAAUGUCGACGGACGCCAUGCUCGGUGAUGACGGGAUGAUCGCACUGGCUGCAGCGAUGGCGGCUUCGCGCCCGCGCUUUCUUCGCGACCUCUGUCUUGACGGCCAAGGCAUUGGCAACGACGGUGCACGAGCGCUCGCCGUCGCCUUGACACAUCUUCCAUCGCUCGAUAGGCUUCGCUUGGCGAGCAAUCACAUGCGUGGAUCGUCGGGCGUCGUUGCGCUGGUUGACGCCUGGCCACCGCGUCUGAGACUCCUCGAUCUAUCGAAUAACCCGCUGGCGGCCAAGGGAGCCCGCGCGCUCUUGUCGGCGCUCGCCGCGCUCGAGAUGCCGGCACCCAUCGUCGUGCGUGCGACGAAUUUGCUGUCCACUUCGCUGGAGAUAGCGACGCUGGUCGCGGCGAGCCGUCGACUACCGCCGUUCCGGACGUGUUUUUUUUAAUACAUUGUAGUCAACAGAA